GACCAAACAACAAGCUUGUCUCCACCCCCUCAUGAAUAAUGCACACUGAUCGUCCCUGCUGAUUGGAGUCAGCUGGAGGAAGUGCCUGGUUUAGCCGGCAGAGAAAGAGAGAGAAAGAGGUAGAUCAAGCCCAGACUAGUUCUUUCAGUGACUUUCUCUCUCUCUCUCUCUCUGUGUAUGUGUGUGUGUGUGUGUAUGUGUGUGUGCACGUAUUGCUUCAGUCUGUUGUGGACGUAGGACAGUCGAAUCUGCAUCUCUACUUCCGUGUUUAUCAGCUUCAGCUCUCCCUCAGGAUUUACUCAGAGGACAUGUAACCUCUCCGCCAAGGCUUUGUCUGUGUGUGUGAGUGUGUAUGUGUGUGUAGCGGAGGGGUCGAGCUCCUCCUGAAGGAUCACCACCAAUGCAUUCCUGCUGGAAAAUGAAGAUUCAGAAUGAGAAGCCGCUUGGUCAUUCAGCAAGCAGGUCCAGCAACAUUUCAAAGGCUGGAAGUCCAACCUCAGUGAACGCACCCUGCAGCUUCCCCAGGAGUUCAGUGACGCCUUCAAACCAAGAUAUAUGCAGUUCUAAUGACCUCGCUCAGGACGUGGGCUCACAGAGGCCCUUACAGGCCACCGUAGUGAUGUUGAACUCUAACGGUAAAAGCUCAGCAUCUCAGGGUGUCACCAUGACCACGCUCUGCCUGGACUCUCCCGCCAAGCCCAAAAAUAGGACUUUAUUCGGCACGGAAUGGCUUUCCCUUCUCAAACCGUCAGUCAACCUUAAACCAGAAGCAGGAAGUCUCAAGUUCUCAAAGUCUCUGAAUGAUGUGGGCCAAAAGAUGGACAGUCUAUGCAGUGGUCUUCACUUUAUAGACCGCACCUGUUCGGAUGGGGAGCUGGAAACGGAAAAGGAACAGCUCAUGCAAAAUGGCCAAAUCAAAGCCCUCAAUGUUCACGGUGUCCCCCCUCCUCUGUUUGCUUCUCAACCUCCAUCAUUCCUCAACAACUACAAAUAUAUCUCCAACCCCGGGCCUGAGCAGUGUCUGGCUCCCUCUGCGCCUCCGCAUUCAGACCGUCGAAGAAGCUCCAACUUCUUGCGCCUCAUCUUUCCCUUCACCCGUUCUUCCACCGCAGGAAGUCUGCAGGUGUCUGAGAUGGGGAGUUAUGCUUCAAGGCUGCACAUCGACAAGUCCUCCAGCGCUGUGCUAGACGUCAGUGAGUCCUGCUGUAUGGAGGAGAUAGGAGACGAUGAGGUAUUUGAGGAGGUUCCAUCCCGGUGGAAGAUGAAGAUGGAGGGUGUACGGGCUCCGCUAUGUUCCCUCGAGGAAGACUGCGACUUGGAUCAAUGUACCUCUCCACUUUCGGAGAAGAACGCGCCACUGUCACCUUACUCCCUAUCGGGGGACUGCUGCAGGAUUUGUCACUGUGAGGGGGAUGAUGAGAGUCCGCUGAUAACACCGUGUCACUGCACUGGGAGUUUGCGCUUCGUCCAUCAGGCAUGCCUGCAGCAGUGGAUCAAAAGCUCAGACACUCGCUGCUGUGAACUCUGCAAAUAUGACUUCAUCAUGGAGACCAAGCUCAAGCCGCUGCGCAAGUGGGAGAAGCUUCAGAUGACCGCCAGCGAGAGGAGGAAGAUCAUGUGCUCGGUCACUUUCCACGUCAUCGCCAUCACUUGCGUCGUCUGGUCACUCUACGUCCUCAUUGACCGCACAGCAGAGGAGAUCAAACAAGCGGGGAGAAUACCAGGUGGACUAAAGCUGCAUCCCGGCUUGGCUUACGGAGGCUCUGAAAGCAGGAUAUUGGAAUGGCCUUUUUGGACCAAGCUGGUGGUGGUGGCCAUCGGCUUCACAGGCGGACUGGUGUUCAUGUACGUGCAAUGCAAGGUCUACAUCCAGUUGUGGAGGAGACUCAAGGCCUACAACAGAGUAAUAUACGUGCAGAAUCGCCCAGAGACCUGUAAAAUCAAAGUUUUUGAUAAGCCCUCUCUUCUGGAGCCCAACCUGGAGAACAAAGAGGCUCUUGUACCUGCGCAGUCGGACACAAACUCUUCCCAAUACACAGAGACAGAGGAUUACAGUAUGGAGAUCCUUCACGUGUGACGGCUCGGGCCCCUCCCCCCUCAAAAUGUACUCUACUGCCGGGGAUCUGAAUGUCACACUGCACCGGCCACCGUCUGAAACUCCUUUCGUUGUUUCGAUGUUCUUUUUUUCUCUUCGUUCGUUUGUCCGACCCGUUCCUGUAAGUUGUUGGCUAACCAUAACGAAUCGGUGUGCGCUAGAUUUCGGAUCAUUCCAACUACUGCCAUUGUACUGCUGUCGUACAUGAGUUGAAAUCCGCCGUUCGAGCCGUGUUUGUGCGCUGGUUCUGAUGGAGUCGAUGCAUAUAAGCACUUUUUGAUUUCCCUGUUCUACGGAGGAGCCCUGUUUUAAUAACGUAUUCAUUUCCUUUCUACGUGGAGAAGAUACACUUGAAGCUUUGCGAGCGUUUUAUAGGAGCAUUUGUAUCUCCCUGAAAAUCCUCGGAUGGAACAAAACAGAAAAAGGAAUCUGAAGGAGCGAAGAGGGAACGUUUAUGUACUGUUAUGUAUCAUUCUACUUGUUUAGGAGACAAAAGAUGUUUUUUUGAAUUUUAGUCGUUGUGAAAUUUGACCCGAGCUAGGCUUUUGUUUUUAUAUCAGGUGACUGCGAAAUAAUCCGGAUUAUCUAAUUACCAUAUUUAUCCUGUCGAGGGCUAGAUUUACUAAAGUGUGGGAAAAAAUGCAAAAAUGAUACCAUACGGUGAGUUCUCACUGGCUAUGCUGCUGAUUUCUGCAUUUGCUGAAGAAUUUGAAUGCUUAGUGAGAGACUUUAGUAAAUCGGGCCUUGUAAAAGGGAUUGUUCACACCAAGAAAUAUACUCACUCUCAGGCCAAACAAAAUGUAAGUCACUUUAUUCUUUCAAACAGUUGAGAAGAUUUGUUUUGGGCUGAAAAUGCGGUAGCAGCUACUGUCACUUUAAGAAAUGUACAGACAACACUUUAUUAAACAAUAUAUGAAGAGUUCAGAUGCAAAAACCUCUGAAAUUUCAGAGUGCCAUCUGAAAUUUCUACCAAAAAUAAACAUUAUUCUUAGCCUCCAUUGUUUAUGUUGAGCUAUUUCACUUUAAAGACCAGGAAAAAACUUAUUCUUUGUCACAAAAGUGAUAUUAAAGAACACAGGAGCUGGAUAAAAAUACUUGUUUUAGAGGAACAUUUUGAAGAGGGUUUUUAAUCUAAACUCUUUAUAUUUUUUUACUCAUUAAGUUGUUAAGUUUCAUAAGACCUUAAAGUAGGGAUGUCACGAUACUGGAAUGUUAAAAAUGUCCAUUUCCCGAUAACAUUUGAGCGGUGUGUAGCACAUUCUUAAACAUAGCUGAUUUGUCAUGGUGUUCACGUGCUCAACAGAAACGACUGUGAUUUGCCGUGAAGAUCAUCGGUUCACCAAACUCACAGCUGUUUACUGAGAAUAACCACAGAUACAGGGACACCGGAGCGUUUCAAAGUCACGUUGAUCAGCUAGUUUGUCUAUAAGCUGACAUACGAGUGAUUGGCUGAUGAAUCGUGGCUUUUAAAUGCUCCAGUGUCCCUGUUUCUUUGGUUACACGCACUAAACAGAGUGAGUUCGGUGAACUGAGGACUUUCACAGCCAAUCACAGUUAUUUCUGUUGAUGGACGUUUUUAAAAUUUCAGUAUCAGUUGGUUUCGAAUUCCAGUAUCCUGCAACCCUAUCUUAUAGGAAUGGUUCACCCAAAAAAUUAAAAAUAAAUAAAUAAUUCCACCAAAACCUAUUUGACUUUCCCUUUUUUGUUAAACACAAAAGAAGAUAUUUUGAAAAAUGCUGGUUGCUCGGAUUCAUUGAAUUUCAUAGUUUUUUUGUCCUACUAUGGAAGUCGAGGAGCAACCAGCAUUCUUCAAAAUAUAUCCAUUUAUUUUUAACAGAAGAAAGAAAAACAUAAAGGUUGAUGUAUAAAUGAUGUAAUUUUCAUUUUAGGGUGAACUUUUUAAUAAUGCCUUCAUUUUGGUUGGCAUGUUUUUUAUGAUUUAUGAGCAUUUUAUGAUUCAUACAAGAGAGUUAAAGCAAAAAAAAACCUAAAUAAAUCUUUAUAAAUGUUCUACUGAAGGGGAAAAAAGUCACAUCUGAGACCUGAGAGUGUGUAAAUGUUCAUUUCUAGGUGUACUUUCCCUUUAAAAGUCUGUGUGUUUGUGAAUGUAAAGAAUUCAAAUUCCUCCCUGAGGGAAAUGAACUGCAGUGUAGCAUCAUGCAACUGUUGCAAUGAAUCAGUCAUGAUUUCUGUGUGUGUGUGCGCAAGUGUAUGUGUGAAUGAGAUUUACCUUCAGUUCAAUUUUAGCUUAAUGUUUUCUGUUUUAUUUUGGCAUUCCUACAUUUACUUGUGCAGUUGAUUUUAAACCAUAACUUAAAAAUAAAGGUUUUAGCAAUGAUGAAAUGUUGACUUUGAGUUAGUUAACAAGAUGACAACCAGGUUCUGCUCAAGUUUUUAAACCAAUCCAAUCUCCAAUGGGUGUUUUGUAUUUAUUAAAUAUAUUGUUUGACAUCUCGAUGGCUUUAAAUGUUGGAAAACAGCCAUUUUAGUUUUGGCCUUCGUUCUAACAUAUUCCUCUUUUCAGUGACCAUGAUUGACAUUCCUGCUGUUGCGAUGAUCAUUUAAGCAGACUGUGCUACUUACAAACGCUAUUGUGAAUGAAUAUUUCUUUGUUUAAAAGGUACAGGAUGCUUCUGCCACCUAGAGCUACUGCACAGACAAUGCACAUUAAUCUUUUUUAACCUUUUCUGACUGGCUUUGUGCCGUUUGACCAUAAAAAAGAUGCUCUACUAUGUUUUUUAAUGUAUGCGCCACAUUUAAUGAGACACUGAGAACAUCCGAAUGAGCCAUUUUAUUGGAAAAUACGUGGAAUGAAACUAUUUUAUGGUUCGCCAGCCAUCAUAUAAAUCCUUACUAGAUCAAUUUAAAUGCCCCUAGCCUAGUGAAAUGACUGUUUUUGGCAGUUAUUAAGAUUUAGCGCAUGUAUAUUUACCCCUUUUUUUUUUUUUUUUUUUUUUUGAUAGUGUAUUUGUAAAACAACAGGAGCUGGCUCCUUUAACAGAUACUCGUUUUCCAGAAUUUUCUUAAUUUGAAGCAUAGCACUGCAUCAUAUUUGGAUGGAUGUGUUUUAAAGUGCAGUAAUAGUCUUGUUUGUUUCAUGGCUUGUCGUCAAACUGCAGUGCUUUACUACUGAAUUGGCUUGAACAUGGAGAACAUGACUGUUUCUUGCAUCUCCCUCUUAUUUCUUGUAACUUUCCUCUUGUAGUAAAUAGUUUCUCUAAGCAUUUUUGAGGAUUUAAAAAAAAAAUAAACAACCAAAUAAAGGAAAUGUAGAUUUUUUUUGUCACCAGCCUUGUGUUGUAUAUGAGAUGUUCUUGUUAUUUUUAAUUGACUGUAAUAACGGGUGAUUAAAGAUCUGAAAGCUGCCUGGUUAUGUGGAAAGAGAUAAUUCCCAUAGGAAAAAAUUGCAUUAAACUCUGAGUUUCAUAUUUAUGUGUUGUCAAAGCCUUUUAUAAACACUGUGUCAAAUAGAAACCAUCAGUGGAGUCGAUCCAGCAUUUCACUUUGUGGCUUUCUCAGUGGAUAAAUACUGGUUUUGUGAAACUGAAAAGGCUGUAAUUUACAUGUAUAGUUUUAUAUUUCAUGUAUGUUUCUCUCUUUUAUUUGUUUUCCCUCCCCCUCAGUAUUACCACCUUUAUUCUGGUUGAUUUUUAGUUUCUUGGCUGAGAUAUGAGUGACUACAUUUGUGCUGUGUUUUUAAGGAGAGACUGAGUGGAGCAAUAAAAGAAAUCUUCAAGUAUA